AUGGGUCGAUGGGUCUUGAGAAGGAGUGAUAUUGGUGGGGAAAGUGACCGGCCGACGAUCAUGGUGACAAACGAUGAUGGAAUUGACGCACCGGGUCUGCAGGCCCUAGUUCGUGUCCUCGUCUCCACCAAUCGAUACCGUGUGUGGGUCUGCGCCCCCGAUUCGGAAAAGUCAGCUGUCAGUCAUUCUAUUACUUGGCGUCAUCCUCUCUCCGCAAAACGAAUCGACAUUAAUGGAGCCACAGCCUUUGCUGUUUCUGGAACUCCAGCUGACUGUACUUCAUUGGGAAUCUCAAAGGCACUAUUUUCUUCCGAGCCUGAUCUGGUAUUAAGUGGCAUAAAUAUGGGCAGCAACUGUGGUUAUCACAUUGUCUACUCAGGGACAGUUGCAGGUGCUAGGGAGGCUUUUUUCAAUGGUUUACCAUCUGUUUCAAUAUCAUAUGAUUGGGUUGGGGGUACAAGCAGCAUCAAUGACUUCACACUUGCUGCUGAAGCUUGCUUACCUUUAAUAAGUUCCAUUCUUGUUGAAAUCAAGAAUAAAACAUUUCCUCAAAAAUGUUUCUUGAAUGUAGAUUUGCCAACAAAUGUUCUCAACAAUAAGGGUUAUAAGCUGACUAAGCAAGGAAAAAGUAUUGUUAAAAUGGGUUGGAAGCAAGUUUCUAGUGAUGCACAAGGUGCACAGAUGCUAUCAACAAUGACAAUGGAGUCAAAUUCAGUAGCAUCAAAUCCUGAGGAUAAUUCUGUUUCACAAGAACAGCUUUUAUUCAAGAGAGAGGUGAGGGGAGGCCAUGUGGAAGAGGGUGAAACCGACUAUUGUUACCUUAAACAAGGAUAUAUAACUGUCACUACCCUUGGGGCCUUGAGUCAUGCGGAUAACGACUCCCAUACAUUUUUCAAAGAAUGGUUACCAAUGGUGGCUGACCGUACCUCUCCUUCAGCUUUGAAGAAAUGCACUGUGGCUUAUAGAAUUGUAAAUGGACAAUUUGAGGGGCAUUGGAAAUCGCAAGUGGAAAACGAAGGAGACGUCAACAAUGUGAAUAACCUAAUAAGAGAUCUAUCGGAGGUGCGCUUGGCACAAGGUGAAGAUCAAUGGAAAUAUGUUGUCGAUAUUACCAGCCCCUUCACGGUAGGUACACUAAGGAAGAAACUCGAUCAACUCUUAUACCCAAAUCGUGUACUUACAUGGUUUAGAUGGAACAAAGUGUCCCCAAGCAAAGUAAAUUGUUUUAUUUGGAGAGCAAUACAGAAGAAGAUCCCAUCAGUGGUGACUUUGAGAAAUAGGGGCGUCGAUAUUGAACAUGAUAAUUGUGGGGCUUGUAUUAACGAAAUUGAAUGUUCAGAUGAUAUUCUCAUAUCGUGCCAUUUCGCCUGCGAGGUUAGGAAACAAGUUUUCAAAUGGUGUGGCAUACAACAGAACUUUGCAUCUGUAACUGAUUUACUUAGUUUCGCAGCAAACUGGGGCAGAUGUCCUAAGAAACAGAAGAUAUUCAUCUCCAUUUGUCAUGGACUAAUUUGGAAUUUAUGGAAAAAUCGGAACAACCGGAUGUUCAAUAAGGUAUUCAUAAAUCCAACAUUGAGUUCAGGGACAGUCAAGUCUUUGGUGUUCUUUUGGUUGAAGUGCAGGGGUAAGGGUGGAAUUUGCAGCCAGAAUGAAUGA